UGUGAUUGUGUUUGAAUGGUCAUUAUGGAAAUUAUGUAAUUAGACACUUUCAUCAUGUUUGUGCAAAAGAUUAUUUAAUUUGCCUCAUGAUUUUUUUUAACCUGCACUAUAUAUUGUGAUGGUUAAGUAUCCUUGUUUGUUUAUCCAAAUUAUUGAUUUCUCCUGCAGUCGGUGUUCAUCAGCAAAGAUUUGAGCUGUAUGAAGAUUACCAUGUUUGUGGCCAGCGUGCUGUUCCUUAUGACCAUUUCUUUGUCUGUAAAGAAGAGUAUCCGUGGAGAGAUUCAGCCCCUUGACAUGGCCGACAACUCCGUGGAUGACUCCUAUGAAGGCUGUAAAGAUGCCAUGUAUACUUUGGUGAUGUCAAAAUACAUGGAACAUGAACAAAAUGCAACUUCUUCUUGCUCAGCUGCCUGGAAUAAGGCUCUUGGUAACUACAUCAGAAAUGGACUCGGGGUAUAUCAGUCCACUGCUAUUUCCAUGUACACUGAAAACUGUAUAUAUGCCCAAUUUAACAGAGUUUCUCGUAACGGAUCAGCAGCAUACAAGUCAGGUGACUUUCAGUUUUAUACACUGCAUUUCUUUCUGACUGAUGCUAUUCAACAACUCAAAAGAAAUCAAACUGAGUGUGUGACCACAUAUCGCAGAACCAAUAUCAAAUUUGAAACAGGAGUUCUCAAUAAAACAGUUCGAUUUGGGUCUUUCACAUCUUCCUCUUUGAGCAAGAGUUUAAAAGAAUUUGGUGAAGAGUCUUGUUUUCAAAUUUACACUUGUUUUGGAGCUGCAGUGGAAAAAUUCUCAGCGUUCAAGAAUGAGAAAGAGGUGCUAAUUCCUCCAUAUGAGACCUUUCUCGUCACCGCCAUUAAAAAAAGACACAAGCAGAACAAUCUCUGGUGUAAAGUGGUGUAUGAACUCAGCAGUGCUGGUAAGAGGAGUAAUCUUCAGUGCAUAAAAAACAACAACAGUUCAUCAGCAGUAUUGCCAUCCAUACUUAUACCUGUUCUGCUGUUCACUGUUCUAUUGGUUACUUAA